CACUAAAAAACACACACUUUGUUCUUCCUCUCUAGUUCUUGUUUUCUAAGCAAAGAAUGGCUGAGGUUUGGGUUUUCAAGAACGGUGUGGUGAGGCUAGAAGAGAAACCAUGUGGCUAUGAGCACAAGGUGAUGAAGAAGGUGCUGUUUCACACUGCAAGCAACGAAGUCAUCACUUCCUAUGCAGUGUUGGAGCACAAGCUUAGCUCACUGGGGUGGGGGCGUUACUACGAUGACCCUGAUUUGCUUCAGUUCCACAAACGCUCCACCGUGCACCUAAUUUCUCUCCCAAGGGAUUUCAACAAGUUCAGGGCCACGCACAGGUAUGACAUAAUCGUCAAGAACCAGAACUGCUUCCAAGUUAGGGACGUGUGAAGUGAAUUAACUGCAUGCAUGGCCCUUUGGGUAGGGCAUUCUGCUAUCGUGUGUCACUGUUUGUGCAUCCUACAAAAUUGAAUUCUUCAAGAGAAGUUUCUUUUCUUUUUAUAUUUUCUGAUUUAUAUCUACAUGUAAUUCUGGUGUUUGAUUAUGGAUUUGUCACCAUGGGGUGGGUGUUUGUUUCUAAGUGUGAAAAUCAGUGUCAAGUCGAGUUAAUGAUUAAACUUGACUUGUAAAAAAAUUAAAUAAGUUGCUCAAAUUUGGCUCCUUUACUUAAAAGGAGCAUAAUUAAAAGUUUGAGUUUAAUUGUUAAAAGAAAUAAAGCUUGAGCUUUUGUGUAACU